AUGGCCAAUCUGGCCCAAGACGGGUGCCUCCCUCGCCUGUCACCUUCCAUUAGAACAGAUCCCGCGAGCGAAACCACAAGUACUUGCGGACGGUAUGGCCGGCUACAGAGCGUUGCUGCUUCUCUCAGGCAGCGCCCUCGGCGCCCUCGGCGUCAACAUCUCGGGCCGCGCCGACACGGCCGCGGCCCUGCAGCGGCGGCGUGCCAGCGCCGACGAGCCCGCCGAGGCCGCGCCCGUGUCGGCCAUGCAGUAUCAGGCUGCCAGCUCGUCGUCGCUCCUAGACGCAGCGGCGACGAGGAAGAAGGAUGGCCAGAUUUCCUCGUGAUGUCCACAGAGCUGACGAAGUCGCCGACGCUGCCGACGUACGACUCCUACGACGACUACCCGCCAGAAACUCCUGUGGACCUGACAAUUGCGCAGCCGCCCGAUGCCGACGGAAAUCCGUACAACGUGCCGACGUGGGGCGAAAACACGCCGCCGGCGUGA